GUGGGCUCGUUCGCGUUCGUUUCCGUUUCCAUGCUUAUGUUGUUCGUCUGGUUUUCUUACAUAGGGCUCUGGUCUCGAACUACAAACAUAAAAUUGUCGUCAUACACACCCGUAAAUACAUGUUUCGAGGUCGAGGCCGAUUUCCGGCACUUUCAGUGUGUUGCUCUUCUCGAUUGCUUUCCUCAGCAGGGCUACGGAGCAGCAAGAAUUUACCCUAAUCAAGGCUGGUAUCCGGCUUCACCAUCUUGAACUGCAUAGUGCAUGUCGGUCGUCUACAAUUUCAUUCGGAGCCCCUCUUAUAACUUCG